CCAAGGGGAACUGGAACUGGACACAAGCGGGCCCCGAACAAUAUGAGUGGAAAUUAAACCGGAAAAAAAUUCAUAACUGAAGUGGUUUCGGGAAAAUCCAUCUCAGCUAUAAGUAUUAAUUAGUGGUCUUUAGAACAUUCAACAUGAUGACUCACCUGACGGCAAAGGCGCUGCUGAUGCUGCAGUUGGUGCAGGUGGUGCCCAUCCUGUCAUCCAAUCCUCCGUUGACUCAACCCAUUGACAAUAUGGAGGUACUCAGCACUCUGCCCAAACAUAUUGACACUCCCAGCCUCAGCUCCAGUCCCAUGACCAACUAUAGUCCCAGUUCCGACUACGAAUCCAGCACCAACAAUGCCACAAGGAUUCUGCGGCGGGGCAAGCGUUACCUCCAAUUCAGCAAGGGAUCACGUAUGUCGUGGCGUACCAACGGCAAGAACAAUCUGUGGAAAAUCAACGCGCUGUACGCCUACGGCUAUGGCUUCCGCGCCAAUUACCCAUUCCCCUCCAUCGAGGAGCAGAAGAAGGAUAAUGCGGUAUUCUUUCGCCUCUUCAAGCGGGACCUCUUCUCCAAGCUGGAGACCGCUCUGGAUGGACACGGCUUCGAUGGCCGCGCUUGCAUGCUGAAAUCGUUCUGCACGGUUUUAAACGAUGUGGAUAAGCCCAAACAAAAGAGCGGAAUGCUCUUUAAAGUGCUGAAAUUGAUAUUCAGUCGAGCGAAGCGAUAUCUGGAUAUUAUAGAGACCACUCGCAUAUUUGUGGGUAACUUAUUAAGCCUUAACUGAAAAAUUAUACUAAGCUUUUAUUCCACUUUUAAGUUCCGCGUUAAUGCCAAGAACAAUGUGAUCAAAUCGCCAGUUGUGUGGGCCCAUGGUUAUGGCUUCCGAGCCAAUACCCCGGUGUUGGUCAAGAGGGAGAACAGACCCUUUCGCAGGGACACCUACGAAUUGCUCCACGAGCUGAUCGAUCGAAGUGGCUUGGAUGGACGGGCUUGUGUUCUGAAGGCCUAUUGCACCGCCCUGGCUGGCGAUCAUGGCCAGGGCUUUCUGUUUAAGCUAUUAAAAUACGUAUUUACUCUGGAUGAGCACGACAAGCGACAUAUGCCGCAUCUCCGGGAAGAGAACUGCGAACAAAUCAUGCACAGCCAUUGUCCCUUGAGCUUCGACAGCAUAUCUCCAUAUACGGACGAUGUUUAAUAAUGUGUAUAUCAUGUGCUACUGUUUGUUGUUCUAAGCCAUGUAAAAUAAACAAAAUCGAGAUUGAAUUGGACAUCAAAAUAUAAAUAUAAACACAGGCCUGACGGUCUGAUUGCCUAAAAUAAUAA